UCCUGCUCCUGCAGCUCAGGGGGACUUUUCCACUGCGUAUUUAUCCACCCUAAUUAUAAAUAUUCAGUAAAAUGAGCUUCUUGCCUAGUAGCGGACCAACAUGUGUCCUGGCUCAUCCUCUUUAAAGAUUGAUUCCCGCGCGCUAAACCUGUUUUAAGGCAGCCAUUGCUCCUGACUUCCGCAAUGUCGUUAUCACUUGAACGGAACUUUCGCUUCCGCUUCUCUUACAGAAUUCUCAGAAGCUCCUGACUUCUCUUUAUCUGCCUCUCCGCUGGCUCCAGCCACGUUUAUCAUGGUGCUGCUCUCAGGUGCGGAGCUGCUCGGUAGUUUACAGUGGGAGAAUCUCCCCUCCGCUCCGGGCUCCGAUCUUCUCCCCGCCGCCGUGCGCUCUCCAAACUGCUGGAGCGAGCCAAAGCGUCAGACAUUCCCCGCAUCCCUCGGUAUGGAUCGGAACUCACGGGCCGUCUCUCGGGAGUGCUCUCUCUCCAGAACCGGACCCUCACUCCUCACUGACGCUGCGAUCCGAGAAUUCGCUACCGUGGUGCGCAGCUCUCGUGGCGGAGCCAGUGUUCCCCCUCCCUUCGGCCGUGUUCUUUCUCUUUCUCUGACCGGCUCAUCAAUCAAAGCUCUUAAUUCAUCCAGCUCUCUUUCCUGCUCCCCGCGCUCUCCCUUCUCGGCACAAUUCGAGCGCUCAGCGUAAGAAUAACCACGAUCAGCAUCUGAAUGCUGCGCCUGAGCUCUAGCCAGCCGGCGAAGGCGGCAGAGGAGGAAAAAAUCUGUCCCCGAGGGUUGUUAUUAACUCCUAAAGGGACACCACAGGACACUCGGUGGGCAGUCCCGAAGCUGGCGCGGACAAGGAAGUAUCUAGUUCCAUUUUUUCUGGGCUUGACACGGACUGCAAGACCACGCCUUCAUCGCUCCAGACUACCUGCAGAGCCUGCAACUCUGUUUUGGGCAGUGCUGAUGGUAAGGACGGGCUUACCGUAUCUUCCCCCUAAAGAACUCUCGCGCAAAUGCUGGAAAAACAGCCGCAGGGUUGCCUGAUUCUAACUCCGCUUCUGCCCCUGCUGCGGCCAUUCUCUCUGCUUUUAUUUGCUUUAAUGCUGACAUUACUACCGUCCAAACUGUGCUUCAUAGCAACUAUUAACUGCUUGCUCAUUUAAGAUUACCCGAUGAACUUGCUGCCUAAGAGCACCGGAGGUGUAACCUCACACCUGAUAAAGAUAUUUCACCCCCAGAGGUGAGGCAUGGAUAGAGCUGGGAAGAUUAAAAAUUGGCUGCUUAUUAAAUAAAGAGGGUGGGUGAGUGCUGCAGUUGGUGAAGGAGAGAAGCACCAGCCGGGAUCUGGGGAGUCCAUGGGAUGGGGACUGGUGUGCAGCCUCAGACACUCAGUGUCCCCAGGAGAGAACUGUCAGGUCUGUUCCAGAACAGUGCCAGGUCUGUUUUAAAUUAACCUUUCGAGCUCAGUCCCAUCACCCCCAGCGAUCUCUGGAAGAGGAAACAUUCCCAGGGAUUGCAGGAAAAUGGAUUUUCUGUGCUACCACAGCAGGAAGGGUUCAGGUAUCUCCUGGUGUUGGUGGAGCCCUUUUUUUGGGCUCCAGAACUUCUCCUGCCACACCAACAUGGCCAGGGAAGCCACCCAGGCAGUGCCCCAAGAGAUAUCCUCAGGCUCGGGGUGCCUACACGGAUGUCAUUUGACAGGGGACCCCGUUUGGUGUCUGGGGUGUGACAGCAACCCAGUGAGCAGUGGGGAGUGGGACUGGGGGCACUGGGGGGAUUUGGGACCGUGGGAUUGGGGUCCUGGGGGUUGAGAAAUAAGAGAGAGAACAGAAAAUUCCAGUUCCCCUGAAGGUGCUGGAUAGGGCUGAAAGAUGAACUAGCAGAAAACAUAAAAGGAUGUAAAAGUGAGAACACAGCAUGAUAAGCGUGGCUGAGCCCAUGGAGAAGCAGAUAAAAGGAGCUCCACUGAAGGGUUUUUGGUACGUUCUGUAAAACAUAAGCAGCAACACCGAGCAAAAGCGGAAGUUCAAGGCGAGGUGAUUCAGGAUAUUGGAACACUCAGGGAAAACCAUGCUGCAUUUUAUGACUCGAGAGCAGUAAAAUCUUAUCUUAAACGAGGCUGAGCCAAGUAAUUACUUACGGGAAAAUGCUUAUUCUGUGUCAGUUAAACAACCAAUAUAAUGAAUGUUUAAAUAAGGGUUGAUAAAUACCCUGUGGCAAAUUCCCCGUGAGCUGCAGGAGAAGGAGAGAUCCACUGUGAGUCUGAGCUGAUCAAGAAUUCCGACUCUCUGGAACCUCCUGGUGUGCCACGGAGUUCACUCCAGCUGAUUUGGUGCCCACACUGGUCCCUGUGGCCUCUCCCCUCCAUGGCCCUCCUGGCUCUCACCCAGGCACUGCUGGCAAUGACCGUGGCCACCAUGGCCAUAACAGUGCCCCUGGACAUGGCCCUGGACUCCUUCGAUGACCAGUACCAGGGCUGUGGACCAUCCAUGGAGGCGGAGCUGCCUACCCUGAACCACUCCGAGUUCCAGAACAAUCCCCAUUUUGCCAAGCUGUGGACUAUUACCAGGGACAUGUGGUGGAGUCGGGGGUCCCCUGUGUCCCCUCUCUUGUCCCCAGACCAGGCCAUCGCCGUCAUGGCCUGCACCAUGCUUUACCAGGGUGAUCAGUUCAAUGAAGAAGUGCGAGUGGCCGGACGCUCCCGCCAGGCAUACCGGGACAAUUUCCUCUUCAAAACUCUGCAUUUCCUGCUGACUGACGCCCUGGCCACGCUGAGGGCUGCUCAGGGGCAGAAAUGUCACUUGGUGUUCUGGGGGAUGGACUACAUACGAUACGAGGCAAAGCCUGGGGACAUCGUCCGAUUUGGAGAAUUUCUGUCAUCGUCGCUUUCCAAAUCUGUCGCUGAAGAAUUAGGGAACACCACGAUGUUCCAGGUGCAGACGUGUCAUGGUGUGGACAUCAAGACUUUUGGCGAAUUGCCCGAGGCGGAUGAGGUGCUGAUCCCACCCUACGAGAAGUUCAAGGUCACCAAAGUCAUCGAGGAUGGGGAGAAGGUGGAGAUCCACCUCGACUCCAUUGGGACCUACAGCAAAUACAACUGCGAGUGGCUGACAGGUGAGACUGUCCCCAGUGGCCCCUGCCUCCUUGGAGUACUCCUCCUGGCCACCACAGCCCUGACAGUGGCCACCAGGAUCCUCUCAGCCACGAAGCCACCAAGGUUACCAGGGUCACAUUGGCCACCACAAUCACCAAUUCCACCAGGACCCCCAGAGAAACGAGACCACCAAGACUACCGAGGCCACCACUGCCACUAUGGCUACCUUGGCCACUAUGGCCUCCAUGUAGUCACUGCAGCCAGCACUGGCACUGUGAACACUACAACCAACACAACUCCUCUGGCCACCAUGGUCACUUAAAGCAGCAAGGCCACUGUGAUCACAAUGAUCACCAAGAGUCCCUGAGCCACAAGGCUACCACAGCCACUGUGACCAGCACUGCCACCAAGACCAUUGUGCAAAACAUAUAUAAGAAUACAAUACUUGCAUCAAAAAACUUGUAUCAAAUAAAUUCUGUUAAAUUCUU